AUGCCAUGCGAGCCGUAUUUCAAAGCCUUUGAAGCCAAACUUUCAUUUGUUGCAGUGUGGGUUAGACUCCCUAAACUGCCAAUGGAAUUUUAUGAGGCUUCAAUUCUAAAGGAGAUAGGGAGCGUGAUCGGGCCUGUGCUUCACAUAGACUCUUUUACUGCUUCGGAAACCAGAGGUGGGUAUGCGAGGUUGUGUGUUCAGAUUAAUCUGGACAAACCUCUCAUUACUUCAAUUCGGAUAGGCAGAUUGGUGCAACGGGUUAUGUAUGAAGGUGUAUCGUUACUUUGUUUCAACUGUGGACGGCUCGGCCAUAAGAAGGAAAGCUGUUGUUAUCAGGGUGAUCUUUCACAGCCAUUAGAAGGUCAGAGAGGAAGUGAACAAGUUAAGAAUGGAAGGGAUGUGAAGCGCUCGAACCCUAGUGCCAAGAACCGACUGGGCUAUUUGGUACAGGAGAAAAGUGGUGGUGAUUCCAGACGAGGUUAUAGCACAAAUUCAUGCAACACCAACAGAGACUCUGGGUUGGUUCAAGGAAGAGCUGGGACAAGCAUGGAAGCAACUAUUCCCCAUAACUCCAAUGAGCAUCAAAACUGGGGAUCUGUUGUUGGACCACAAUGUGUGGAAUCGCACGCCCAACCUGUGGUGGAAAUUCCUCACGGACACUCCAGCGAUUUCCUGGGAAGCAGUAGAGGAGUUGAGCAGGCAGAGACGGCCAUCGGUCAUGCCCUAUUGGGACGAAUCCAGAUGGUUAAUCCAGGAAAGGAAAGUGGUGGAUUUUCGGGGAAUGGCUAUGACUCAUAUGGGGAAUCACACAACACUGAAGUUGAUCCAAAUCAUGGCUCCAGUGCAGAGGUACGAUGUUCUCCUGUGUUGCAAGGAGGAUAUCCCAAGCAUUCUGAAGUAUAUGAUAAUAUGGAAGCCAAAAUGGAGAGCUUCCAAAAGCCUUUUGAGGAGGGUGGGAUGGAGUAUGGUGAAGUCGACGAUAACAAAGGUGCUUUGAAUGCUGAUUUCGUAAGAAUAAUUUUUGAAAUGGCAAUUAAUCAUCGCCCUUCAAUUAUGGUUGUUACGGAGACGAGGGUUGGAGGAGACAGAGCAAGAAAAAUUAUUGAAGGACUGCCUUUUGAUGGGUACAUCACUACAGAUACCGUUGGAUACGCUGGGGGUUUGUGGAUGCUUUGGAAGACACAGGAAGUUGAAGUGUCUCACCUCUCAAGCACAGAACAAGAAAUUCAUGCCUCUACUAAGGUGCACUCUUCUAACCUAACCUGGCUUAUUUCUGCAAUUUAUGCUAGUCCUAGGUUAUCUAAAAGACGAAUUUUAUGGAAUAAUCUAAAAAAUGUAGCUCAACUCCAUAAUUUACCUUGGCUGAUGUUGGGGGACUUUAAUGAAGUUUUGUGUGGAGAAGAUAAGUUUAGGGGAAAUCAAGUGAACCUGAAUAGAGCUCUUGAAUUUAAAGAGUGUCUGGAUGAAUGUAAUAUGCUAGAUUUGGGUUUUACGGGUCCCAAAUACACAUGGAUGAAUUGCAGGCCCAUCACAAGUCUUAUUUUGGAAAGAAUCGAUUGGUGUUUUGCAAAUCCGGGGUGGAGACUCCUUUACUCAGAAGCUGUAGUUACCCAUUUGCCUAGAACAUUUUCGGACCACUGUCCGGUACUUUUGGAAUUAUGUAAAUCUAGUGCCAAUAAUUUUACUAAACUGUUUCGUUUCCAAACGAUGUGGCUUCUUCACCCGGAUUUUUAUAGAGUAGUGCAGCAAGCCUGGGUUGAGAUUGAGAAUAGAACACUACAAAGGGUAGUGGCAGAUUUUGUUGAUAGAGUUAAAAAAUGGAAUGUGGAAGUAUUCGGCAACAUUUUUGCAAAGAAGAGAAGGGUGUUAGUUAGACUGAAUGGUGCACAGAAAGCCAUUGCAGAGAACCCUAAUGAUUUUCUGUUAGAUUUGGAAAAUCAGCUUUUAAACAAAACAAGGUGUAUCAAGGAUGCAGUUGGGAAUUGGUUAACUGAAGAUAAUGAGGUAAAGGAGCAUAUAAGGAGUGGUUUUAUAAAUUUGUACACCACGGAGCUGAGGUGGUCCACUAAAUCCUCGAAUGUCUCUAAUUUCUCUUGCUACUACUUCUCAGAUGAGGUUAGAGCUAGGAUUGAUUGUGAUGUUACGGUGGAGGAAAUUAGAGCAAGUAUUUGGGUUCUCAAACCGUUCAAAGCUCCAGGUCCUGAUGGUCUACAUGCGGGAUUCUACCAACAUUUUUGGAUGGAGGUUAAAAAUUCCGUUUGUGAGGAGAUUAAAGAAAUUUUUGUGCAUGGUGUUGUACCGAGUUAUCUAAAUGAGACAUUGAUAGCCUUGAUUCUGAAAUGCCAAAAUCCAGAAUCAUUGAGCAACUAUAGGCCCAUCAGCUUGUGUAACUCAAUUUAUAAAGUUAUUUCGAAGAUCAUUGUGGCCCGAAUCAGACCCCAUCUCAGCAGCUUGAUAUCUCCUGUGCAGACUACUUUUGUACCUGGCCGAAGAGGAACUCAUAAUGUUAUCAUUGCCCAAGAACUCUUUCGUACCUUGGACAAAAAAAAGAAGGGAAGAGUCGGUUACAUGGCUAUCAAGUUGGACUUAGAAAAAGCAUAUGAUAGGCUUGAAUGGAGUUUUGUGCAUAAAGUUUUAGAAGCUUUCCGUUUCCCUCUGAAACUCACUAAGAUCAUAAUGAGCUGUAUUGCGACUACUAGCAUUUCCGUUUUGGUUAAUGGGGAUGCUAUACAAUCAUUUGAGCCUUCAAGGGGUAUUAGACAGGGAGACCCCUUAUCCCCGUAUAUUUUUAUACUGUGCAUGGAGUAUUUGGGUCACCUUAUUAAGCAAAAGUGUGUUGAUGGAGUUUGGACCCCUUUGAAGGCUUCCAAGAAUAAUGUAGGAAUCUCCCACCUUCUUUUUGCAGAUGAUAUCUUAUUGUUUGGAAAGGUUGAUCCCGCUGCCUAUGAAGCAAUAUUGGAAGUGCUUGGGAAAUUUUAUGCUGAAUCAGGCCAAAAAAUCAGUUUGGAAAAGUCCCAUGUUUAUUUUUCUCCAAAUGUUAGCGAAAGUUUAAAUGAGGAAGUCUGUGAUAAAUUGGGCAUUAGGGUAAUGCAUGAUAUUGGCAAGUAUCUUGGAUUCCCAUUAAGACAUAGAGGGGCUGCUCGUAAUCCAUAUAAAUUCAUAGUGGAAAAGGUCAUGAGUAAGCUUACAAGGAAUAUUGUGAUGUUUGAAAAUGGUAUAUCAAAUCCUAAGCUAGACAAAGCCUGCCUUGGUCAAGCUAGGGAAUUUCACUUUUGUGUGAGUAAGAUUAACCAAGUAACCUCCAAAAUACCCUUCCCUGUUAGUUGGAAUAAACCAUCAUUUGGCUGGCACAAAUUAAACACUGAUGGUGCUUCCAUUGGAAAUCCGGGUAAGGCAGGAGGUGGAGGAGUUAUUAGGGACUGCCAUGGUGAUUGGGUCAAGGGGUACUCAAGAUCAAUUGGGUAUACCACUAGUGUACUAGCUGAAUGGUCCCUUAUAGCAAGAUUUGUGCAGGUCCGGGUGAGGCACAGUUUUAAAGAGGUGAAUCAAUGUGUCAACUUUUUGGCUAAAAGGGGCUGUGUUAUGUUAAAAAAUUUUGCUGAGUUUGAUAUUCCCCCCUUUGCUGAUAUGUAUAUUUUGUUAGACUCUGAUAAAAAUGGGUUGUACUAUUAUAGGCAUGUUGUCAGUACUCUUGCCUCUGAUUACACUGAGAGUUCUUCUGGAACAGAGAAUGAAGAAGAAGAAGAAGAUUUAAUGAGACCCUCCAUGACUAUGAGUCACGAUGAUGAUGAGUUAUCAUCUCCCAAUCGUAGUAGGAAGAUUAAUAUGGAGGAGACUAAACCAACAAUACCUAAAGCAAUGGCAAGAGAAGAAAAACGGUUGCGUGUAGUGUCUGAUGAUGAUGAUGAGCAGCAAGGUACUUCUACUACUUCAGUAAAGAAGAAGGCUGGUCAAGAUGAUAACAUGGUUAAUAAUAAUAAUGGGAAUGAUGUUGACAAUAAUGACAUUGACUCAGAUGAUGAUAAAGGUGAAGUUGAAGGUGAAGAUAAGGGAGAGGAUGCAGUCCAAGGUGAUGAUGAACAAGAGGGAAGGAGGAGAGAUGAUCUCCGAAAUUGUGCAGAUUUAAAAAAACUGUCUAUGGAAUGA